GCCGAGUCAAUUGGCGAUACAUUUACUGUGUACAUGUAAGUUAUAGGAAAUAUCGAGUUAAUUCUCCAGUUUCUUGACUUUUAAGGUCCAUCAUAUAUAGGUAAGCAACUAUAAAACUUAAACUGUCGCCUAUGUAUUCAGCCACAGAUAAAACCACUGCAUCUAAACUUUCAAGUACCACGACGACUUCAAUAUUUUGGCGUCAUGGCGACUUCUCAUGACGAUGUCCGUACUGCCGGUUUUAAGGUGGAGAUACUUAACGCCAUCGAAGCCCUUCCGUCGAACAAUGGCGACUCAUCUGAUAACCCUAAUGAGCUUGAAAGCGCGAUUCGGAAAUGGACGUCCAAUCGACUAACCACCCCUUUAUUCUAUGUACUUCAAGACUCAUCGAGCACGGAUAUCUCCAUUAAUAGCUUGACACCCUCCGACUUGACCCGUUUCUGCUGCUUGCAAAGCCUCGAAUCUCAAUAUCACUUCCAUGUCUUCAUCGCCCAGAUAGAGAAGAGGGAGAUAGGCACCGAAACCGAUACUAUGGAUUGUGGGCUUGAAGAAAGUGAAGAGGAGGCUCUCCAAAAUGGAGCCCAAGCUAUUGAGGUUAUAGAAUGGUCGGUAAAAUUGGCCUUUGAUGUCUAUGGCAAUCGAAAACCGCAUAGUUUAGACAUAAAAUCCGAUUUAAUUCUCCAAGGUGAUGUUUUUAUUGACUGUGAGCCCGACGAGGAAGGCGAUCUCCCCAAAGGCUAUGAUGAACCCGUCCACCCUGGUUUACGUGGAUUCUGUCAAUAUUAUCGAUCAUUGGCUCUACUUAUAGUCCCUCAAGCUACGAUGUCAACUUAUAUUCUGAGCAACUUCUUAAAGGCUGGCGAUAUGAACCCCGUAGCUGAUCUCCUAGAAUACUUCUCAUCGAGAUGCAACGUUCUAGCAAGUGACGGCAUGUAUUUUGAGACAUUAGCUGAUCUAUGCGGGUAUUUCUUUUCCCAGCGAAAAGCGAAGACGUACUUUAAGAUGGAACUCCCCGAACCUACUAUCGCCAAAGUCCUCCAAGUAGCACUUCUCUUCCAGGAUCGCAGCCUUUUUGAGCUGGUUUGUAAUAAUAUCGAAGUCAACCUUUCGCCUCAAUUUUUCUCGUGGAUCGCAGUGAAGCUUCAAGGGUCGGGGCUGUCACUCACUACACUGAGGCCAGCUUUCGACCGUUCUGUUUUAGAACAGCAAACCCUUGGGGAUCAGUAUAGGCAUAUUUUGACCUUAAAUACCACCUAUGAUAAGACACCAAAAGAGCUACGGGAACUUGUUCUAAAUAUGUUAGACAAGAUGGUCCAACUUUGCUAUACUUCUACACUCUAUGAACAGGAUGGAGAAACCCUCGUUCUUAUUGCCUGUAAUCACCGGGAUUAUGACUGGCUGUUGAAUAAGCUGGGCCCUCUAGUUUCUAAUAGGCGCGAUAACAUCGCCUUCGUACUGGGUUUUAGUUGGCAACUAUAUGCUAGUGCUCGCCAGGGUAGGUUGGAAGUCUCCGACUCUUUUGGGUUUCUGAAAGAUACUAUCAAGUCUCUAAUUGCGCGACUCGACGUCGUUCGCCUUAUUAGCGAACAAGGAUUCCAACGUUGGCAGCAACAAAGAGCAUCUCGGAGAGGAGAUCACACGCGGCCCAAUCGGGAUACAAUCGCACCGCCUCCUCCACCGGUCACUAGUGACACAUUACUCAAUAUGUGUAGGCUUCUAUUUGACCUCGGCAUGGAAAGCGACUUGCGCGACCUGGCAAUGAGGUUGGUGGAGCAAAGCGAAAGAAUUGACUUGCUCGAACUCGCAGACCUUUACGUACCUUUCGCCGGCGGUUUCAUGGAUCUUCUAGAAAGUCGACCAAUCUCGGUUGAAGAUCCUGCAUUCUCGACGCUAAUACGAACUAUCAUCCAGUCGUUCUGGACUCGAUAUAUUGUCAUGGAAGAGCCAAUCCCUACUCAGGUUGAACAAAGACAAACGUCUAACCAGAGACUAAUUAAGUCCAGCUGGGCUAAACGGGUGGAAAAUGCCAGACGGCAACUCGCAACUCUCAACCAGAGGAGUCUGCUGCUGGUGUUAGGGAGGGAUUAUUAUAACAUUACCGGGAACGAACCACCUUACUCCGAGUACCCACAACCGGACUUGAUAAUGAUUGAACCAUAUGCUGUCCCACAACCCUAUGCUGCGGACUCCUCUCGCCAACCACGAAGUUACCAGAUAGAUCACCCAGCCAGGGUGGACUGUAGCCAAACGAAUGGAUCCCUGAUGUUUGCUGGACUAAAGCGCAAACAACUCGGGGAUGACGAAUUUGCUGACGAGCGACUAGCGAAGAGAUGAAGUUGGUAACUUGCAUUUAAAAUGGAGUUACUUGGUUUUUGGUUUGAAUAUUAAUAUUGAAUAUUACUAGGUUGGGUUAUGUAUUUGGAUAUCAUGUGUGACGAGAGUUACGGAAAAGGGGCUUGUGAGCCGGAAUAGUUACACGGUUACAUACGAUACACGGUGCCUAUCGUAUUAAUGAGGUCUCCACUUUAAGCACGGUCUGUGUAAAACAAUGUAAAACACGACAAAGUCGCGUUUUUAGCGUUGUAGAA